AUGCCUCAUACGACCCGAAGGAAGAACAAAAAGACACAACAAUCCCAAAACAAACGCAGAGAAAUCGUCGAUGAAGAUGGAUGGAUCAGAGUUACGAGUGCGACUGGUGGAGGUAUUGCACAUCGGGGUCACAGAACGAGUGCUGUCGGCUUUAAUGAAGAAGGGGGAAAUAAUAAUGAUAGUAAUAAUGCAGUCGUCGCGGUGACCAAAGACGUUUCUCGGUCUCGAUCUGGGUCGGAUUCGUCGGCAGGAUCAACAUCACAAAUGGUCUUCACGUGGGGUGGCGUCGACGGUACGGUGGUGACCAGAACGAUACAGGCGUCCCCUUGGAACCCCAUGAGCGUGUCGAAACGUGUCACGGUCGACGACGUUCGCGUCCGGUACGACAUUGUCGAACAAAGGUUUCGAAAGACAUUGUUUUGUGAGAGACUGAAGGAUGUACUGACGAGGAGGAUCCUGCCACCAACGUCGACGAUGACGACGCGGGAAGGGGGAGAAAUAAAAGCAAAAGCAAAAGCAAGAGCAAGAGCAAAAGCAAAGAGAAUAAAAAAUUGUGUCCUUUUCGGAUCCGGAAGUCUCUCUGGUGAUGAGGUCCAUUGGAUCGAUCGUCGAGAAUCUGCGCUUUAUCAAGUUUCUGCUUUUCUCACCGUCGUGGAUAUCAUUGCACGACUCCAAGGGACGCGUCCGGAAUGUCUAGCUCAAGAACCUGGAUACAAUUCGGUGGACGUUGAGGUUUUGAAGGGGUUGGGUGUGAAGGUGGUUGUACACCCCGAUGGGUUUGAAGCGUUGAAGACCACAACACCGGCGAUGACGACACCGACCACGACGACAACAACAACAACAGCGGCACAAAAUGAGAGCGAUGACCAUGACGGAAAAAAUACGAUAAUGGUUUAUUCACCCGCAGCGGAAAUGGAAGUGGAAUAUCAAAUCUUGAGUCUUGAACCCCAAAUUUGGUUACACAGAUCAAUCGAUCAUUUGUUACUUUCGACUUCGAGUUCGAGUUCGAAACAAACUUUUUCGUCGAGAGAAAGGGAAGCAAACUCCAAAUUGAUACAAAAUUUCAGACAAGAGUAUGAGUUUACAAAAUUACCAGAGGUCGAAGUCAAGAAUUUUCCAUUUCAUGAUUCCGUGAUUUGGUGGAAGAAAGAAAAACACGUCCGGAUCAUGACUAUCGCGGACGAAAUGGGAAUAUGAGAAAAUGACGACAAUGAGCGACACAAUCAAAUCCGACAUCCUAUGGGUACGAUCAAGAUGUGUGUGUGUGUGUGAGAGAGAGAGAGAGAGAGAUGUGUCACCGGGGAUUUUUACGUG